AUGAGCCUCUCGAAAUUCAUCAAGCGCGCUCGCGCCUCAACAAAGUCGCUGCUUGGUGACAGCUACGAGGAGGACGUCAUCGACAAUCCUACGAUACCUGAGCCACCCAGAGACAUCUCUGCUUACUCGGAAGAACGCCUGAAAUUGGGACUCCGAUUCGCAGAUCACUCUCUCCGCAACAAGAAGAGAAAGGUGUCCCCUAUCGCCCAUCACUGCCUAACCCUCUAUAAGGCGACGCUGAAGGCGGUUCUCGAGAAAGAAUACGACGACAAUGACGAGAAGAAAGAACUGCUUUCCAGUCUUCUCCUCUUUGAGAGGGAUAUCUGCACAAGAAACUUCCUACGUCGUCCAGUAGAUAUCGGUAACCUAAACCUUGUCGAACGUCUUUCUCAGCUACGACGUUUCGAGUUUGCGGCACGAUAUGGCAAUUACCUGACUCGCGUUUGUGACCAGCUGAAGGUCACAGCCAGAACGGAAGAGACCAAGUACUUUGAGCAGCUCAACGGCUGGGACCGUUACUGGACCGACAUCAACAGCGACAUCAACAAGGAACACACCUCGUGGCGCAAAUGGGAGGCGCGAGAUCCAGCCGUCACAGACGCAGAUGUCAAGACAACAUUAGCGGCGUUCAACGCAUGCAGCGCCAUGGGUCUCAAUUUUGACUGCGUCCUGCGAACCAUCGCUAUGUACGCCGACCGCAACAGCCUCGUGCACGCGUCGAUCCAGCGCCUCGUUGAGCAAGGCCAAUGGCAUGUCCUCAAAAACACAUUGGCUGAAGAUCUAGUCGACAUUCCUGUCGUUACACCCAGCCACUUGCGCGGUAAUAUUCCCUUGCUGCAAGAGACUGUUCAGGCAGUGAUCGACACCUACUUUGACCGCCGCGAUGGCCACCGUGACGAUCCAGUCUUCUGGACACCGAAGGAGGAAGCCUACGACAGGGCAGCAAAGAUGGCGAAGGAGAAGGAGAAGAAACGGGAAACGGUACUCGCUGAGCGCAAGCUAGUCGAGAAACUCGCUGCUGAGAGAUACGCAAAACUCAUCGCAGAUAGCUCGAUGGUCCACCUCGCGGCAGCCACCCUCGGCACAGAUGCUCCGUCGGGAGAUUUACCAGAAGGUGUUUCUUCCAAGCGUCCUCUCGCGGAGGCUGACAGGACUGAGAAACUUGAGACAUUGAAGCGACGAAAGACGGCUUGGAAUAAGUUGGUCAGAUUGCAGAGGGAGUGCCAUAAGAACCUCAAGUGCUACAAGGAUGAGUAUGGUAACACGGAAGCUCCCAUUGAUCCUAAGGUCUGGCUGGAGCUAUCACGAGAAGAGUCAUCGCGGGCCGGCAGCUCGAAAGGCUCUGAAGCGUAG